UUUAAUUAUUUUGUUUUUAUAUAAUGAUAUAAUGUGUGUUAAAAAAGUGGGUUUGACUCUAUUAACAAAGAGAUAAAUAUGGGCUUACAAAACAAAAGCCCAAACCCAACUAGUGAGUUACAUCGUGAGAUGAGACGGAUUCACACCGGAAAAAUCAGAGAGAUUCCGAUGAAAUCUUGCGAUCGGUUGGAGGAAGCGUUGUUGCAGUGCCACCGUCGGAUGCCGGAAGGACCGGCAAGGAGAUCCGGUUGCAGACAUUUGAACAAGGCGUUUGCGGAGUGCGUGGUGGCGGAGGCUUGUCCGGAGGAAUCAGAGGCGGUGAGGUCUCUUUGCUCUAGCGGCGGAACAAGCCUUAAGCGUAAACAGUGCGAAUACGCUCAGCUUUCACUUUCUCUCUGUCUCUCUCGCCAUCAGCGAGAGUUUGAGCAGCGUUAGAUACGGUGGUUUUGUUGUUGUUGUCGGCGAAAGGUUAUUUUGGAUCUUGUGAGCUACGUAAUUGGUAAAAUUAGGGUUUUAAAAUUCUGAUUCUUUUUUCUGCAUCUGUUGGAGAUAGUAAGGAUGGAUAUUUCUGGGAAUUUGAAUAUGUUCAUCAUCAAAUGGCAGAAGAAUGAUUUAAGGAAGGUUGUGAAUUUUUGUUGAAUCUGUAGUAAUCCUUUAUAUGGUUUUGGUAUAAUGAAUUGUGUAAUCAAGAAUCCGUUAUUCAGAUUUCUAUAAGCUGCUCUGAACUGAAGCAGGAGCCAUUGUGGUGGAAUCAUUUCCUUUUGUUAGCUACUUUCAAGUUUUGGCAGCUGUUGUUGGAUUCAGAAAUAAGGCUGUUUCUGUUUUUGUGUAAGAUGUUAGAUUCAAUGAGGUUUCGAGUGUGAUCAAUCAACAGCCUCAGGUCUAUUGGUUACUACCAGAAGUUUUGGUUGUUUGUCUCAGCUUCAGCAUCUUGACUUGACGUUCAAUCAUCUGACUGGAACUUCAUCUCGGUUCUUGUUCUCUUUGCCAAACAUUAGUUACUUAGACUUUGCAUCUAACAAGCUCAGUGGGAAGCUACAGCAUAAUCUGACCUGUGGAGGCAAACUUGGAUUUGUCGAAUAACAGAUUAAUUGGGACCCCUCCCCGUUUCUUUUCCAUUAUUGGCAGUCAUGAUCAGCAUCAAGAAUUCGUAAUCGAAGAGGCUGAAACUGAGGGAAAACAGUUCCAAGGAAGAAAGAUUGGGAUUUUGGUUGCUGUCCUUGGUGGAGAUGUAUUUGUUCUUGUGUGUAUAAACCGCUGCUCUUGCUGUUGUUCAAGAGAAAGGUCAGUGCCUCAAACUCGGCUUAAGGUUGUGACAGAGAUAACUCACACACCAGUCUCUCCUCCGAAGUUCUUGCUAGUGCAAGGUUAAUCUCUCAAGCAGCAAAGCUAGGUGCACAAGGUGUGCCCUCAUUCCGGUCAUUUUCUUUUGAAGAGUUAAAGGAAGCCACAGACGAUUUCGAUUCAUCACGUUUCUUAGCUUUGGAAUUAUGCAGGAAAAUGGCUAAAACAGAGGGCGAUGUGUACAACUUUGGAUUCAUACUUCUGGAAUCUCUGAUAGGACCAGUACCUACUACAAAAAGGAGAGGCCUAUCUUCUCAACGAAAUGGUAUCAUAUAGGGUAAAGAAAAGAAGCAAAUCUUCAUCAUUGUUAAUAGCUGUUGCUGCAAUGUUGUAUUUGCAGACGUCAUUUGGGAGCCAAGACUGUCGACAGAAAAUAGGAAGUCCAACGGUCCUAACAACAAGCUCGCAGGAGUCUUUACCCAAUUGCCAUCUCAAUCGCCAAUAAAUGUGUUUUGCUUGAACCUUCUGCAAGACUUCCUUUAAAGAUGUUCUCUGGAACUUACCAUAUGCAGCUCAAAUGCAGUCUGCCGCAGACGCUGAACGCAAAUCUGAUAAGUCGUCGUGAAUCCAAAGGCUAACCUGAUGAUUGAUAGUUGUUUUCGGAUUUAUAAAUGUUAUGUUUUAUAAGUUUGGUUUUUCAGUAGAAAAAUGUAAUACUCUAGCGGCUAAAAAACAUAGUUUCUUGUCUCUCUUGAAACUUUAUUCGUUUAACAAAUAUUGAUUGAAGAAGAUGUUGAGUUUUGUAGUUGGCGAGAACUUCUCAAUCUUCAAGAACAAGGUACUGAGGCAGGAGACUUGUCAAAUGUUCUUGGA